CCACUAUUUUUAAGCAGGAAUUUAUUUUGAAUGGAAAUUAAAGAUGUGAAACUUUAUAAUGGCUAAUGGUUCGGCUUUGGAUUCAGAACUUUGGUUUGCCUGUUUAGAUGGUGAUGUGGAGAAAGCCAAUCGACUAAUAAAAGAUGGUGCUAAUAUUGAAUGGAAAGGACAGGGUGGUCAUUCUCCAUUGUCUAUUGCUGUCUAUAAUAACAGCACGGAGGUUGUCAGAUUACUGUUGAGUUCUGGUGCUAAUGUUAAUGCUGUUGAUGAAUAUAACAGGUCAGCUUUAUUUUGGAGUGCUACUUAUGGAAGAAUGAUAAUGACAAAAAUUCUUCUUGAUUAUGAAGCUGAUAUGAAUCUACUAACAAAAAAAACUAAAUCUACUGUACUAAUGGGUGCUGCUAAUACAGGAAGGCUUGAUAUUGUGAAGUUACUUGUUAGUAGAGGAGCUAGUUGGAAGGUUGUUAAUGAGGACGGACUGACAGCUUUAGAUGUUGCAAAGAAAGAGAAUCAUGAACAUCUAAUUCAGUAUCUUUCAAGUUUAGAUGAUUCAGAGUCCCAGAUGAGGAAGGCUCUUACGACAGACAUUAAGAUCAAGUUAAAGAUCACGCGUAUGUCAAUUCAUGGAGCAGCAGGCAGUGGAAAGACGUGUCUCCAGCAUCUCAUACUAAACGAGCCUCCUCCUCUCCAAAGAUCAAGCACUGGUGUAGUGACACCAGCUGUAAGAGGAUCCGCCUGUGGAUAUAUGGAGACUGACAGCUCUCACUCAAUGAAGAGAGUCAGCGAGGAAGAAUUCAUCACCCACUUAGCUAAGAGGCUGAAAGGAAAGGAAGGUGCAUCAAGUUCCAAGCAACGUUCAUCAACAUAUCCCCCCUCUACCCCUCCUCCUCCUCCUACUCCUUCUCGUCUAUUUCCUUUAUCAAGAGCCUUUAGGUCUUUGUUUAGUCGUACCUCAUCGGAAAGUCCUGAUGCUUCUUCUCCUCUGCCUGAUUCACCUCUACCCACUCAUUCGGUUCAUUAUGAUAUCAUAUCACAAGUAUCAACAGAAUCCUGCUCUGAAGAAGAUUAUCGAGCUCACUGGACAUACUGUAUCGAUUCUGGUGGUCAGGCUGCUUUUCAAGAUAUAGCUCCACCUUUCUUGCGUCUGAACUCACUCAAUAUAAUCACUUUAAGAAUUUGCUUUAUUGAGGCUUUCUUCACUGGUCCUCCUAAUCUCUGUCCUGAGGUACUUUCUCUGGUAUCCACUGGAUUGGAAAAAGCAGCCAAGUCUUGCCGUUAUCACCAGGAGUCUCUUGGGGAUUUAAAAACUGGAUUCUACUCAGGAGGUUGUGAUCACAUUCAUUUCACUCGUGAUGUGUUUAUUUACUGCCGCUCUAAAUAUGAGAAAUUGUCUUCGAGGCAAUCUUACUGGUUCGAUAAUAGUAAUGAUGUUCAAAUACCAAAGAAGAAAGUGCAAGUGGAGGUUGAUUGGCUACAAUCAGUUGAUAACUCACCUCUUAACUAUUACACUGGACCAGACUACCGGAGUGUCAUAGAAGCUAUUCAUCAUGUUUCUAACUGGGAGGAUCUGGGACUAGCGUUACAACUUAAUCCAUCAAGCAUAGAUGAUGUAAAGAGAUCAUACAAUCAAAUUGUUGAGGAGUGUCGCAAAGAAAUAAUCAAGAAAUGGAUGAUGACCAAUGACCAUCCCUCAUGGAGGAGCCUCUGCCUUGCUUUGUGUGCUAUAUCAGUAGGUCAUCCAAGAUUAGCCAAGCGUAUUGGAGAGAAGCAUCCAAUCAAACCUGCUCAGCAGUAUAAUGAACCGCCUGAUGAAGAAGCUUCUUCUCAAUCAGCUAUACCUACUACAUGUACAACUUCUACUGCCUCUCCUUCUCACUCUACUGCUCCUUCUCCUAAACAGUAUCAAUCCUACUCAAAGCCAGUAGAAGAAGUGAGUCAAGGAGGUUCCGUGUUAUCUAGAACAAGUGAUGUGUACCAGGAACCUUACCAACAGAAAGGUGCAGGUAGCACCAAAUUAGUUUAA